AUGCAGGACAUCAGGCGGUUCUUUGGACCGGUAUCGGGUAAGCCUGCGGUGCAGAAACCAGCUCCAAGUGAAAACACCAAACCAAAGCACAAGAAGAAAAAGAGUUCUCUGUCUUCAGAUGAAGAUGCAGAGAAGAAAAAGAGCACAAAGGUUAAAAUCUCCAAAACGGAAGAGAAACGCAAGACCAGUGAGAGAAAACGUAAGAAGCGUGCGGUGAUAGAAUCAGACUCAGAAGAGGAAGAAGAGGAGCCCGUGAUGAAGUCAAAGAAAUCCUCCAAGCAGAAAGGGACCACCAGCAAAGCAGGACUUCCUAAAAAGGAUCCUGUGCAGUACGUUUCUGAAACAGACUCAGACGGUGACAACUUCCUGUCCUUGAAGAAAGUCUCCAAACAGAACGGCGCUGCCAAGACCACAAAGCCAGAUCCAGAAGGCUCUCGCUCGGGAAGCAAAGAUCAGGUGAAGUCUCCCUUUAAGCCCUCCUCCAGUCAGGCCAAAGCCGGGCUGAAGAGUCCUCCUGCGCCUAAGACCCCUAAGUUGGCUCCCCCUCCUCCGCCCAAACAAACACCCACCUCCGUGCUCGACUACUUUGGCGUGGGGAUGAUUCACCGCUCAGACAAGAAGCUGGUAGCCAGCACCAAACGGAAGGCGCCAACUCAAGACUCGGACGACCUGAUAAGUGAUGAAGAAAUGGCUCGGCAGCUGCAGGCGGAAGAGGAGCUGGAGCUGGAAAAACAGAUCCACGAGGAUGAGGAGUUCUCCAGAACUCUGGCCAUGCUGGACGCAGAGCCACAGGCCAAGAAGGCUCGUAAAGUCUCGGUAGAUAAACCAGGUCCAAGCACAACCCCCGAGAAGAGCGGCACAGCUGCUGCAGGUGUCGGCGGCACAAGCAGCCCCAUGAAGACCAGAGGAAGCCGGUCAGAGGUCAGGGUGAGUCCAUCACCGCCCAAGAAGAGCCCCAUCAGAACCAGCUCCAAACUGGCUAUGAUGAAGAAGAAGGACGAGGUGAAGGAUGAAGGACCAAGAAACAAAACACCCACGAAAAACAAAGUUUCUCCCAAAAAGGAACCACUUACGUCACCAGUUUCAGACUUGAAGUUCACACCUAAAGUCUCGCCCAAGAAACCUGAGAUUACGACGAGCAUCAGUCCUGACGAUGCAGAGAAGAAGAAGCUGCACUCUUCAGCCUACAGAAACUUCCUCAACAGAGAAGGACCACGAGCUCUGGGCUCCAAAGAAAUCCCGAAGGGAGCGGAGAACUGUUUGGAGGGCUGCACGUUUGUGUUGACGGGAGUGCUUGAGUCGAUGGAGAGAGACGACGCCAAAUCUCUGAUUGAGCGCUACGGAGGCAAAGUGACGGGCAAUAUCAGCAAGAAGACCACCUACCUGGUUCAGGGCAGAGACGGUGGAGCGUCGAAGCUGGAGAAGGCGGAGAGUUUGGGCACCAAAAUCCUUGAUGAAGACGGUUUGUUGGACCUGAUCAGAACCAAACCGGGAAAAAAGUCAAAGUACGAGGUUGCUGCGGAGGCGGAGAGCAACGCUUCAGAGACCAGGACUCCCCGCAGCCACACCUCAAAGAAUACCCCCAAAGCGCAGAAGAUCUCCCCCUCCAAGGGUAACUCCAGGUCCCCCCACACCCCAAGCCCUUCGAAGACCGGACAGCCGCAGGGUCACAGUUCCGGGACUGGUGAUGGCAGCACCCCACCUGGGAGGGGCUCGGGUCAGACUGCUCGGAGGGAGCUGGGCCUUCCUCCCUCCCCAGCUCCAGAAACCGUGCCUCCAUCGCCGGCGGGGGAGAGUCUUCUUUGGGUGGACAAGUACCGUCCUCGGUCUCUGAAGGCCGUGAUCGGCCAGCAGGGGGAGCAGAGCUGUGCCAACAAGCUGCUCCGCUGGCUGCAGAACUGGAGCAAAAACCAGAACAGCACCAAGCCGGCAGCAGCCAGGUUUGGUAAAUUUGGAGGUGGCAAAGAUGACGGGUCAGGAUUUAAAGCUGCUCUGCUCUCUGGACCUCCAGGAAUAGGGAAGACCACCACAGCUGCUCUAGUCUGUGAGGAGCUGGGCUUCAGCUACGUGGAGAUGAACGCCAGCUGCACUCGCAGCAAGAACAGUCUGAAGGAAGUCGUUGCAGAGUCGCUGAACAACACCAGUAUUGAGGAUUUCUACAAAGGUACGUCUCAGACCGUCAGCAGUAAACACGUCAUGAUCAUGGAUGAGGUUGACGGGAUGGCUGGAAAUGAGGACCGAGGAGGAGUUCAGGAACUUAUCGCGUUGAUCAAAACCACCAAGAUUCCCAUCAUCUGCAUGUGUAACGAUCGCAACCACCCCAAGAUCAGAUCGUUGGCCAACUACUGCUUCGAUCUGCGCUUCCAGAGGCCGCGGGUGGAGCAGAUCAAGGGAGCCAUGAUGUCCAUUGCUUACAAGGAGGGGAUUAAAAUCCCACCUCCGGCGCUCAAUGAAAUAAUCUUGGCCUCCAAUCAGGACGUGCGACAGGUGAUCCACAACCUGAGCAUGUGGUCCGCCAAGGACAAGGUGAUGACGUACGACCAGUGCAAGUCGGACGCAGCCAGCGCCCGCAAGGACAUGAAGCUGGGGCCGUUCGACGUCUGCAGGAAGGUGUUUGCCUCGGGCGAAGGAAACGCCCACAUGAGCCUCAUUGACAAGUCGGACCUCUUUUUCCACGACUACUCGCUGGCACCGCUGUUCGUCCAAGAGAACUACGUGCACGUGCGUCCGGCUGCAGCUCGCGGCGAUGUGAAGUCCCACCUGGUGCUGCUCAGCAAGACGGCCGACUCCAUCUGUGACGGCGACCUGGUGGACAGGCAGAUCCGCUCAAGACAGAACUGGUCACUGCUGCCCACUCAGGCCAUCUAUGCCAGCGUAAUACCAGGGGAGCUCAUGAGGGGCUACAUGGCCCAGUUCCCGGUCUUCCCAAGCUGGCUUGGCAAAAACUCCUCCACUAAUAAACACGCCCGCAUCGUUCAGGAGCUGGCCUCUCACAUGAGCUUAAAGACAAUGGGCAGCAGGCAGGCGGUGAACCUGGACUACCUGCACUACCUGCGACUGAUGCUGCUGCAGCCGCUACAGAAGCACGGAGCGGAGGGCGCCGCUCAGGCCGUGCAGCUGCUGGACGACUACCAGCUGGUCAGGGAGGAUGUGGACAGCCUCAUGGAGGUCAGCAGCUGGGGCGGACAGCCGGAUCCUUACUCUAAACUGGACCCCAAGGUGAAGGCGGCGUUCACACGAGCGUACAACAGAGAGGUUCACCUGACACCGUACUCCCUGCAGGUUGUGAAGAAGGGUCGUCGUGGUGCUGGUGGGGACUUAGGAGGGGAGGACGUGGACCCAGAUGGAAACGGGUCUGAGGACGACGGGGAGGAUCUCCAAACUGAUGCUAUGAUCAAACAGAAGAAGGCCAAAACCACCAAAGAGUCAAAGAAGGAGAAGAAGGAAGACUCCAGCAAAGGUAAAGGAAAGGGGAAAGGCAAGGCUAAAAAAUGACUGCUGACCUGAACUGCCUCCAGGACUCUCUGCCCUCACAUGGACCUGUUAACAAAAACUAAAGAAACUGGUUUUGAGCUCAGCAGGGACUCAUCUGACCUUCAUCACUGAAGUCCCAACACAACGAUCGUCCUGCUUUUUAACUUCUGCAUCUCAUUACUGAACAAACGAUGCAUAUUGGCUGCUUCUUCACCUGCUAUCAUGUCCAAGGUCUAAAGUUUCAGUCCCCGUACCGUGGAUGUAAAUAAUGUGACCAUGAUGGAGAAGACUGUUUUUGUAUUACGGUUUGUGCCGGUUAUCUUUUUCUUGUAAAUUGAUGUUUUA